GGCACGGUGAAUAUUCUCCAGCUAGUACGGCUCUGGCGCGAGCACGACGACCCACCUUCAUGAGCCGAUGUCUCCUCUCGUCCCGCCCACCAUGACAGAACCGUCAGUUUCUUUCGUCGACCAGCCGGACCACGAACGUAUCGAGCUACGGACAAUAGUGGACAACGAACCAGAUGGUGAGGACGAUGGUGACAUCUAUCGAGGACGGGCGCCAUCUACACCACGACCUGGUCGCUCUGACUCCGUGUCAUCGUCGUCGUCUUCCAGCUCGUCGUCAAGUGCUUCUACGGUCGGUGGUCCCUUGGGUGCUCUGGCAGCUGUCGUCGAACGGGCUAUCACUCGUUGGGCCCGCGCUAACUGGUCAACCUCGUCAUUGGAUUCGGACUCGGACGCUUCUUCUUCCAAGUCAUCCUUCCGCACGACCAAUAAAUCCGUCAACCGACGUCGCAAGCGAAACCCCAGUCUCGCAGACUUGAACCGUGCUAACUCGGAGCGAGAGGUCGCAGCCAGAAUUCGAGCUCGUGAAGAACGCCGUUAUGUCGAACGCGAGUUCUCCCUCUACCUCCCCCCUGCGCUAUCCUCCUCCUACCACCCUUCUUCUAAGUCACCUCCGACCACCGAAGAGCAGCGUACCACACGCACGACGUCAUUGCCAUCAGUCCUUUCGAAGUUGGAUGCCGCUCUGAAGAGGUCUUCUAAAGCUCGUAGGCCACGAAACCGACCCCGUCCUUCCAGGCAGACACCCCUCGAAGGCCCGAUACCGAUACUUCCUCAUCUGGAUUACAUGCUUCCGGAUGCUGGGCCCUCGAGUCGACCGGAGUCUGCCACAGAGCUUCCGACCCUUCAAAAGGUCAGGAAAGGCAAACAGAGAGUAGGCGCUGCUGCCUCCCCGGAUCCACCCACCCCAGGCGUGGGCACUGGGACUCCUGAUGUAUCGAAUCAGCAGGCAUGGUGGUUGGAUGUCGCAAGUCCGACUUGGGAGGAUAUGCGUGCCAUGGGGAAGUUAUUGCAUAUGCACCCGUUGACUCUAGAGGAUAUACUCCAACAGGAGCCUAGAGAGAAACUGGAGCUCUUUCCGAAGCUUGGCUAUUAUUUCAUCGUUUUCCGUGCCAUCGAGUCGCAGGGUAUACCACAGCCUACUCGCGACCCGACCACCGAUGCCUACCUCGCGGAGGAUGAAGGCCAUGUGGCGGAGGUUUAUGUUUAUCUAGUUGUCUUUCCGGAUGGUAUUUGCUCUUUCCAUUUUUCUGACAUAUCCGAACAUACCGAGAGGGUGCGUAGUAAGAUUCGUGUCAUGGAAAAGAGUAUCAAUAUGUCCUCAGCUUGGAUCGCUCAUGGAAUACUCGAUUCUAUCGUGGAUGCCUUCUUUCCCUACGUCGGUGAAAUAGAAGAGGAGAUCAUCACGGCCGAGAACACGGUGUUUUCCGACUCUAACGACAGCACCGAUUCUGUAGCUCCGCAACCCAUCCGUAAACCUCGCAAGCUACCAGUCAAGCAGCUGGAGAAGGCGCAUUCCGUGCUCAGUACCCUCACUAGCGACGAGAAAGGUCUCUCUGUCAAGGAGGUCAUGUCGGUAAAGACCACCAAGACGCGCUUCUCUGUUCCUCGUCCUACCUUUGCCUUAUCGUAUCGGCGGUGGAAGCGAACUGUUCAUCGGAUGUUAUCGAAGUUUUUCCCAGGAACAAUCCCUGCUCCUGAUCUGGCAGUUAGCCCGACCACGGUAGCACUUCGUCGUAUGGCGCGUACACGGCGGCUCGUGACGACCCUCUCUCGAGUCCUAGUGGCGAAGUCCGAGGUUGUAGCCCGUCUACAGAAGAGGUUGGGAGAUUUCGGACAGACUUUGACUGGGCGCGAAGAUGAUGAUCUCGUCAUUUACAUGGGUGAUGUCCAAGAUCACAUUAUCACAUUACAGCAGUCCCUCGCCCAUUACGAGCGAAUGCUCAGUCAAUCACAUCCAACUUACCUUCAGAACCUGCGCGUUACCGCCUCGCGAGGACGAUCGGGCACGGACAAGGCCAUCAUGGUGCUGACCGUCGUCAGUAUCGCAGUGAUGCCUGCGCAAAUUAUCAUAGGUCUAUUCUCCACUAAUAUUCAUAUCCCCACGAAUCUGCAUCUUGAUGCAGACGGAAACGUGUUGCCUGGCUAUCCUUACUACGUGUUUGGUGCCGUUGUAGUUGGAUGUUUCCUGGUAUUGUGUGCGUAUGGUUGCACGGUUCGGUGGUGGUGGAUUAAUGCAAAGAGGAAGCGGAGGACGGUCCUUUGAGGACAUGUAUCAUUGCGUUGGGCCUUUGGGAUCUGGGUGUCAUCGUCUGUGUUCACAGUCGUGAAGUAUGCGAGACUGUCUGUCAUUGGAGUAUCGUGCCGGCCUG